AUGCUUGUUCGCACGCAAAGACGUAUUUUAGCCACUUUCUUCAUUCUUGUUCUCUUAGCACCACUUAUUUUCUAUUUCAAAUCGACAAAGCCACCAGUAACUGAUCAAAAGGCUAUUUUAACAGUGAAGGAAGACUGCUUGAUUCCGCCAUUAGAAAUUUGGCCGGCGGAUUUGACGCAGUUUAUAAACCAGUCAGGUAGCGAAGUGGAUUGCAGUGCCAAUGGCUUGCGUUUCACGAUUGAAAAACCACGAGAGAAAGCGGAUAUUGAUAAAAUCUUGCCAAAACGCGCUUGGUUAGACCAUGGAUACCUGAAAAUAUAUCCAGAACAUGAUGGGUAUAAAUGUGAUGCGUUUCCAAUAUUUCGACUGGAUGAAUAUCGAUCUAUCUACGGCGAUCCUUUGACAGACGUUAAGUCUGGGCAACUUCUCUCUCAUGCGCAAAGUAUGCUUCUUUGCCAACCGCGGUUAAAUGGGUCUAAGUGGGAUGCUGAUCUUCUGUUGACUAAAAGAAGAUUUUACCUCUGUGGAAGUGAUCCGCUCACUGAACCUACUUUUUCUGCAAAUAAUUCUGCAGUUAAUGUUCUACUUCUCGGAAUAGAUUCGUUAUCGCGGCUUUCUUGGUAUCGAUACCUUCCAAAAACUGUUGAAAAAUUCACUAAACUUGCAGAGUCCCGUGGAGCAAUUUUUAGGAAGUAUCAUGUUGUUGGAGAUGGAACCACGAGCAAUCUUCUUGCCGUUCUGACAGGAUAUUUCGAGGAGGAGCUGCCAGAAAGCCGAAGAUCUGGAAUCAAACUUCUUGGAGGCAAGGGUGGACUCGUGGAGAGUCAAAUUUCUGGGGAUAAAGAGUACGUUGGAAUUGCGGAAAGUCCGUUGGAUAAAUUUCCAUGGAUCUGGACUGAAUAUAAUCAGAUUGCUGGCUAUGCGACACAUUACAUCGAGGAUACUCCCAAAUGGGGAACCUUUCAAUAUCGACUUCAAGGAUUUGGGAAUUUGAAACCUCCUGUGAAUAGUUAUGGAAGACCUUGUAUGGUAGCUGCUGCUUUUGACGAAAAGUAUUAUGGUAAACAACUCGGCUGCACCGCUUCAACGCCAACCCACUUGGUUCUAUUGGAGUCUUUCCGUGAGUUCAUGUACGCCAAUAAGCACCUUCCACGUUUCUCGCUUACCUUCCUCUCGGAGAUGAUUCAUGAGGAGCCAUCAGCGGCAAGGUACGUGGAUGAAGAUGUGGCGAACCUCCUAGAAGAAAUUGAUAAGGAGGAUGAACGUGGUUGGGGUGCCUUGGCAAAUACGGUUGUGGUUCUCUUUUCAGAUCAUGGAUCUCGGAUUGGCAAAGCUAGGUUAUCACUUCAGGGCAAAUUAGAAGAACGCUUGCCAAUGUUGGGCAUACUCUUCCCUCGAAAACUCGCUCAAGAAUGGCCGGAAGCCGUGUCCACUCUUCAAUCCAAUACCGACCGUCUUUGCUCUCCCUUUGAUCUUCACGCCACCUUGAAGCAUAUCCUCACCCGCUCCGAGCAACCAAACACCCGAGGCCACAGUCUUCUCGCACCCAUACCCUGGCAUCGGACUUGCAGUGAAGCUGGUAUAGCUCGUCAUUGGUGCACUUGUGCUCAUUGGGUGAACUUAAUACCCAAUCGCGCCGGUGAUUGGUCGGAUGAGAUAGUGCAUGCUGCUAACUUGACUUUGGAAACCAUAAACUCAGCAACAGUAAUAUUAAUGACAAAUGGAAUGAAAUUCAUCGGAUUGUGCGCACAACUUAAGCUAGAUAAGGUUAGUUCAUACGUUCCUGUUUAA